AUGGUGGCUGCUCCGAACUCGGACUUCUAUGAGAUUUUGGGGGUGAAUCGGGACGCGGAUGCCGCGAACAUCCGGAAAGAAUACCGCAGGCUGGCUCUGCAGUACCACCCUGACUGCGACGGGAGCCCUGAGGGCAGCAAGCACUUCGUGGACGUGUGCCACGCGUACGACGUGCUGAGCAAUCCGGAGAGGAAGGGCAUCUAUGACCUCUUCGGCUCCGCGGGCCUCACGGACGGCGUGUACUCCAACACAGGCGAAAAGAAGGGUGGGAAUUACGUUUUCGACCCCGCGAGCGACCCGUUCAAGGUCUUCGCCAACUUCUUCGGCACGGCCAACCCCUUCCAGGCCCUGAACGACGUCUCCGCGGCGUUCGAGGACCUCGCGACCGUCCCGCAGCCCAAGCCCGGGAAGAUCAAGACGGGCGAGGUGCUCGCCUCCCUCGAGGACGUCUUCCACGGGUGCCUCAAGAAGUUCGGGCACACGCGCCGGACGCUCCGCGAGGACGGCACGAUCCAGGACAAGUUCGUCGAGCUCUGCGUCGACGUCAAGCCCGGCUCCCCGGAAGGCACGCGCUACGUCUUUGACGGCAUGGGCAACAAGCUCCCAGGGCACAGCCCGGGCCCCGCGGUCUACGUCCUGAAGCUCGCGCCGCACGACCGCUUCGAGCGCGACGGCGACGACCUCGUCUACAAGGCGGUCAUCCCGGUCAGCAAGGCGCUCUCCGGGUGCACCCUGGACAUCCUACACCUGGACGGCCGGCAACUCGCGGUGCCGGUGUUGGACGUGGCGUACCCGGGGAAGCGCACGGUCAUCAAGGGCGAGGGGCUGCCGAGGCGCGACGGGUCGGGCCGGGGGGACUUGGUGGUGGAGUUUGGUUCCAAGUUCCCGAGAUACCUGACUCAGACGCAGAAGGACAUCCUGCUCGCGGGGUUCCUGUGCCCGUCGGACGAGCGGCUGAGCGCGGAGCAGAAGAAGGCCGUGACGACGUUCUUGCGGGCGUUCCGCGACGACGUCAAGGGCUGGGCGCGGGCGCCGGCUCCGGCGGUGUGA